GCGCGGGAGGAGUCUGGCGGUGAUUGAUGGGGAAGGGACGAAUGAAUAAAAGUACUUGUCUAGGGACAGCAAAGACCCCGACCGAGCAAGCUGCGGAGGCUACUUGCUCUGGCAUUCCCUCAGCGUUUCGUCAGAGCCAGACCCGCCCGCGGCUGAAGGGAGGCGUGCUCGCCCCCGGAGCCGGCUGCAGGCGAGCUGCGAGCAGAGCUUCCCGGGAAGGAGGUCCCCGCUCGUCGCUGUGCUCCUGGUACUCCCGGUUCGCGAGACUCCAAGCUGCAGAGCAGCCACCCGAUGCCCACUGGAGCAGGCAGCAGCAUGCAGCCUCUGCUAAGCUGGCGCGGACGCGCCCUGGUGGCCUUGAUCCUCGCCUGCGGCGUGACGGGGGUCCAGGGAGAAGAGAGGGGAUUCCCGCCGGCCGGGGCCACUCUGCCACUUCUGGGGCCCGGAGACAUAACGACGCCCCCCACUGAGGUUUCCUGGCCCAAGGGUUACAACGCCAGCGUGCAAUGGUCUUCUGCGCCGCCGCAGAUGCCUAAAGCAGGGAGAACACCUGGAGCCCCGCCACGCACCUUCUCCCCUCCCCCCUGCGAAAAAUCCACCGAGAUCAAGGAGACUUUCAAGUAUAUCAACACGGUGGUGUCCUGUCUGGUGUUCGUGCUAGGCAUCAUCGGAAACUCCACACUGCUGAGAAUCAUUUACAAGAACAAGUGCAUGCGAAACGGCCCUAAUAUCUUGAUAGCCAGCCUGGCUCUGGGAGACCUGCUGCACAUCAUCAUUGACAUCCCCAUCACUGUCUACAAGCUGCUUGCUGAGGACUGGCCCUUUGGAGUUGAGAUGUGUAAGCUGGUGCCUUUCAUACAGAAGGCCUCCGUGGGCAUCACUGUGUUGAGUCUAUGUGCCCUAAGUAUUGACAGAUAUCGAGCCGUUGCCUCUUGGAGUCGAAUUAAAGGAAUCGGGGUUCCGAAAUGGACAGCAGUAGAAAUUGUUUUAAUUUGGGUGGUCUCCGUGGUUCUGGCUGUCCCUGAAGCUGUGGGUUUUGAUAUGAUAACCUUUGACUACAAAGGACGUUACCUGCGAAUCUGCUUGCUUCCUCCUACUCAGAAAACAGCCUUCAUGCAGUUUUACAAGACACAUAAAGAUUGGUGGCUAUUUAGUUUCUAUUUCUGCUUGCCAUUGGCCAUCACUGCCUUUUUUUAUACCCUGAUGACCUGUGAAAUGUUGAGAAAGAAGAGUGGCAUGCAGAUUGCUCUAAAUGACCACCUAAAGCAGAGACGGGAAGUGGCCAAAACAGUCUUUUGCCUGGUCCUUGUCUUUGCUCUAUGCUGGCUUCCCCUUCACCUCAGCAGGAUCUUGAAGCUCACUCUUUACGAUCAGAAUGAUCCUAAUAGAUGUGAACUUUUGAGCUUUUUGUUGGUGUUGGACUACAUCGGCAUUAACAUGGCUUCCCUGAAUUCCUGCAUUAAUCCUAUAGCUCUAUAUUUGGUGAGCAAAAGAUUCAAAAACUGCUUUAAGUCGUGCUUAUGCUGCUGGUGCCAGUCAUUUGAAGAAAAACAGUCCUUGGAGGAAAAGCAGUCGUGCUUGAAGUUCAAAGCUAAUGAUCACGGAUAUGACAACUUCCGUUCCAGUAAUAAAUACAGCUCAUCUUAAAAGAAGGCAUAUUCACUUAAUGCCAUGUUCUCUAUUCUGGACAGAAGUCAUUAAAACAAUGAGGCAUUUGCCAAAACAAAACAACUGUGUGCUUGCACAAAACAAUGUAAGAAUGUAAGAGUGAUUCUUCUCAACACUCACAGUGACACAUGACAUUCUGUGAGCUGUUUACAGCAGGAGAAGAUGAGCAGUGAGAAUUAAGAAAGCCUCAGCGUGAAAGCACUUCCUGUUUUACAAUCAGCACUUCAGCGCAGCUCCUGAUAGCUUCCGGUAUACUCGUGCCCCACUUCCGUUUAAGCUGAGCUCACUCUGAAUUCCUAUUAAAGAAGUUUAUUUUUUAAAUUAAUGUGAAUCUGAUGGAAAGGAAAAUGGUGUCACUGUAAAAUGGAAUUUUUAAAUAAAGUUUAAAUGACUCAAUUUAAAAUUUAAAAAUAA